AUGAAGAAACCGGCCCCGGGCGGAGGUGCCCUGCCCUCCAGAUCGGGCCCGUUCAACGAUGACUUCCGCACGAGCAAGAAAGACAAGCGCCAGAUCAAGCAUGCGGCGUUGAUGUCCAAGAUUGAAAAGACCCAGAAGCCGAAACGCCGGCGCCCGUCGAAAAAACUUGCAGCGAACCUGGAAUCACUGGCCGAUGCGCUGCCUGAAGCCGAGGAAGCCGGCGAUGCAUCGAGUCAAGUGAAUAUGAUCAAACAGAAGACUUUGAAGCACAAGCCCGGGGCCAUGAAGCAGAGGGAGAAGCUCGAAAAGGUCGAACGGGAUCGAUUUGCAAAGAACAUGGCCCAGAUGUCUAGCCUCACACCACCUGCCAACAACGCUGGGUCCAACCCGGAUGCGAGUACGACGACCAGUCGAUGGUCCGCCCUGCGGAACUUCAUCUCGUCUACAAUGGAGCAGCAGCCUGUAUUCAAGGGGAACAAAUGA